UCGCCUUCUGAUUGGUGAGCUCAGAGAUUUAAAGCAGUGGCGCUGUUUGCUUCGGGGGGAUUUAAAGCUUUCACACUCCGUUUUUCCCGAUUUUUCCGACCUACGAAAGGAUAAUCGAACCAGGAGUCGCGCGGGGAAACAUGGAAGAUGACGUCGAAGGUUUGAAAGCCUUGAUAUUGGAGGAAUUGACUCGUCUGGGCGUGCAAACCACCUCCGAGGGCAAGGCGAGCCAAGGGGGCAGCAGACUCCUCGCCUACAACACCAAUGCCUCCAAGUCCGGUAAACUCAAGUCCAAGGGCAAGAGGAGUCCCAGGGCGUCCGCGGCCAAGAGUCCUCACACGAAACAAGGCCACUCGAAAGGACGGGAUGAGAGGAAACACACGCCCAAGUCGCCCUUUGCUGCUGCGAAGAGAAAGGCUGAACUACGGAAGCAGAAUGCGAAGGAAAAAGGAUUAGUGUUUGGGAGAGAGCUAGGGCAUGUUCCUUCAGUAUGUGUGUACAUGAGUGAUGGUACUCAAGUUACUGUCGCAGAGUUCCUUGUGGAUGUUUGCAAUCUCGUCCGCAGAAAUAUCACAGUUGAAGGCAUUUUUCGCAAGGCUGGUUCAUCACAGCGACAAAGUGAUAUUAAGAAACUGAUCGACAGUGGAAGCAGUCUUCCCAAUAGUGUUCAUGUUAUAGAUGGUGCAUGUCUCUUGAAGCAGUUUCUCAGGUCACUGCCAACUCCACUCUUGUCCUCAGAAGUUCAUAACAAGACCAUAAAAUGUAUGCAACUUGGAAAAGAGGCAAGGGUAGAAGCAGUGACUCUGUGCACAAUGUUAUUACCACUGGCUAAUAGACACACUCUUGUCUAUCUUAUGGAUUUUCUUUCAGAUGUCGUUGCUGCAAGUGGAAGCAACCUGAUGGAUGCACAUAAUUUGGCAAUAGUGUUAGCACCCAACCUCCUACCAACAUCAAUCACAGUAAACAAUAGAAAAGGUUCAGCAGGGCCCUUGCAUUCUGAAGAUGCUAUGCUUGCAACUAAUAUUGAGAUUUUGCAGUUACUAAUAGAGAAUGCUCCAAGGUUGUGUCGUCUGCCAAACAAUGUAGCGCUCGCUUUGGAGCACCGGGAACAGAGCAGAUCAACAGAAAACCUACUUACACCAAGUGAACCCCAUCCUGUCACCAGGAAAAAGCGCCGCAGUGCCUCAAUACACAGAUUGAUGACAGGUUUGCGACGUGUAGUAGGCCAUUCCUCGGGUGGUGGUGGCUCUCCCAUCCGCAUGUCUGGGAGUGCUGAGUGCCUGGACUCUCUCCAUCUCCACCCAGGUAUUGCUCUGUCCCCAAUGCCAGGAUCUGGGGGUUCGCCAAGGAAGCGCAAAUCCUCAGAUGCAUUUGAUCUUGGUCUCGAAGCCUGCAGGGACCCAGCUGACCACCUCCAGGGGCCAAGUCCGCCAUCCCACAAGAGGGCCAAAGUUGAGGGUCAUGGGGGCAAUGUAGGGGCUUCUGCUACUACUACUGUGGAUGCUGCAACUAGUUCUGUCUCUUCUAUUCCUCUUACUGUAAACCCCUUUGCCUCAUCUGCGAAGUCAAGGACCAAAAUGGGCCAACCAUUCACCAUUAAAGAAAUUCCAAGCACGUGGAAUGUAUUCCCCCAACCAAGCGCACAACCCUCCAUCAUGGGCUACUCCAAGUCGAGUCUCAAGAGAUCUACUUCAGCGAAAGUCAACACACUCCCCAAAUCCCCGGGCACUAACCUUCACACAAACCACCAGGGUGUGAGCAGGAAAAGCCUAGGUCGCACAGAGCAUAUUGGGGGCAGAGCUCUGAUCUCAAAGACCAGUUUGGAUAUUGCCAAUACAAUAGCAAUGGUGAAAAUACCAGUAGUGAAAAGAAGAAGCUGUGAUAUACCUCUAAGGUCCACUGAAAUGAGGGGAAGCAUUUCUGAAGACACAACCUGGAUGAGGCGUCGAAGCAGUGGGAACUGGAGGAAGAAGGAGAACGAACCUGAUGGUGAAGAUGUUUCCACUUUAGGACCCCGGGGAGUGCCUGAUGGGGCUGAGUGCAUUUUGCGGGAUAAAGUGAUGCCAACACCAGCCAUUGCAGAUACAGUAGAAACUUUGGAACAACAGUAUGACGACAUUAAGUCUGUAGUUAAAAAUAUGGAAGAGGAAGUUGACAAGAACAAUGUGCAGCAGUUAAAAGAGACCUACUUCCCAGACAGCUCUUCAUUAUCAGCACAGAAUAUGAGCUACUCAGAAAUGAUUCAGAGUGCCUAUGAGCGAAUGAAGGUUGAAACAAAGGACCUGGAAAUUAGCCCUUCAGACAAUUUAUCAAAGAGAUUAGGGAAGGAGCUUAAAAUCAGAAAUCGCAGAAGCAGUGAGCAUAGGGUCAUUCGAUCCCCUAGUGAGAGAAAGAUUGGUACCAUUAGGAGACGCUCAAGAGAACUUGUACAGAAUGCAGCAAAGAGCCUUAUUAACGUAGAGGAUACCCCAGCUAAUAAACCUGCUCAGACGCCAAGGAUGAAAGGGGCUCUCAUGCAGACACCUAUCAAUACAGCAUUAAAGAGGGGGAGGCCAAACUCAGUGAAAUCAGGUCUUCCAUUUGUGGUGAGGGCUUUGAACAUCAGCUCAGAUUCAGUAAUGCCAGUUGAUGAAACUCCAAAUUCAAGCCGCACAGUUGUUGUCAACAGGAGAAAUGGUGAACAGGAGCAGAUCCAGCGUUUACAGAUUACAAAUCAGAGUUUAUACAACAGGUCAAAUGAACGAGAGAAGAUAUUUGAAAAUUCUGAGGUGUCUGGGCUAGAGAAUACAAAUAGUAAUUUAUCUCUGAGUAGUAGCCUACCUGCAUUAAACACUAAUGAUAGUCUGAUGGGAAGUUUUCUGGAGCAAUUCCCUGGACCGAUGACACGUAGGCGGUCUAGUAUUUUGUCUGCCUCCGCAAAUUCAGUUCUCUUGAUUCAUUCCGCUGAAAAUUCAAUCAGCAUUGAAAACCAGGGUGAUGGUAGAAUCACCAUGAGCUGUCAUUCCAGUGAGUGUAUGGAUGUAGAUGAAGAACCCAUGAAUAAUAAAGAACAAAUGGGUAACCAAAACAAGUCGGCUGUUUAUGCGUUUCCUGCUGUUGUGGUUCCAGAAUCAGGUAGAGAUGAAAGCUGGGUACCUGCAGCAGAUUUCAUUGAUCACAUUGAGGAUAUGGAGGAUGAUCAAGAGGAUGGUGUAACUGAGAAUGCAGGAAGGCCAUCACUAGCAGCACUCAUGAAACAGAAAAAAGUGACAGCCAAUGUGCGAUUGUUUAGCAAUUUAGAAACUGCAACCCCUGCUCAGAGGAGACAAUCAAGAAUACGUGGCACUCCACACAGACUGCCUCCACAACGUGGCGCAAACUCGGAGUGCAGAGGAACUAAACUCAAGCACACUAAGAGUAUGCCUCAUAGAUCUACCAUGACCCCACGUGAGCUGCUGAAAGCAAGGCAAAAAUCAUUCCAUUUUGAUAAAUCUCCACACAAUCUUGCAAAAGUUGCUGUAGUGUCUCCACUGAAGGAAAGUACAUGGAUAAACAUUCAGCAGGAGCAUUCCAGGGAAACAACAAAACCCCACCGGGGUGAAGCAACAACCCCGCAGCGGAAAUUCCACGAUGAGGUAGGCUUCAAGACACCCAUCAUACCAAGGAAUUUUCUACGCAGCCAAAGUACAAAGUCCCCAGGGACACCCUUUGUCACUCCAGCUGAGACUCCCUCCGCUCAACCACCUAAACUGCCCCCCAGAGCAAGUGUUAAACCAUCACCCAUACGUGUUCAAUACAGAUAAAUAUAAAAAGCUCUCUUCAUAUUAGUCAUGUGUUAUUUCAGUUUGUUUUUUAUACAAGUCUUACUUUUGCUUUACUGGAAAUGCCAUUGCUUUGCAAAUUAAAUUGUUUUAAGAGAAAAUUUAUAGAUUGUAGCUUAGUUUCUAAAAUAUCUUUGACAUCUGUUUUCCCCUGUGGAACAUUUCUUUGAAUUGUCUUUUAAUAGUUCUGUAUUUUCAUCACCUAGAUUUAAAUACAUUUCGAUACACCUGAAAUAAACAAAACUGGUACUCCAGAAAUAAACAAUACUGUUUUUAUUAUAUUGUUGCCAGUUGAUUUUUAGGUAUUAUAUCAUUCCAUAUUUUCACACAUAUUACCCCAUGUUUUAGUUCAUUUCACUGUGUAAUUACUUUAUAAGAGAUUUAUAUCAUAUGCCUUGGUUCAGUCCAAAUUGUUUCUUUUAUCUUUCAACAAAGGGAUUUGUUAAGUCUUGUUUUAUAAAAUCUGUGCCAUACUAAAAAAAAAACUUUUUUUUUUAGAAUAAGUGGAUCAGGACUGUUAGCUUUGUAUUUUGACUUUGCCACACAUAAUAAAUUUUUAAAGAGAU